AUGAAGUUCGCUUAUAAGUUUUCAAAUCUGCUUGGAGCCGUCUAUCGUCAGGGGAAUCUAAGUUUCUCUAAGGAUGGCAACGCUGUAAUCAGUCCUGUUGGAAACAGAAUCACCAUUUUUGACCUAAAAAACAACACAUCAGAGACUUUACCUGUCUCUACUGAAAAGAACAUUACAAGCGUGGGGAUCUCGCCUAAUGGGAACUUGGCAAUCGUGGUGGAUGAAGAUGGUGCAGCAUUGCUGGUCAGUCUCAUCACGCGUGCCGUCCUUCAUCAUUUUCACUUCCACAAACCUGUCCAUAGCAUCCGCUUUUCACCUGAUGGCAGGAAGUUUGUUGUCACCAAGGAGAAUGUUGCAUUACUGUACCAUGCUCCUGGCAAGCAGAGAGAAUUUAAUGCUUUUGUGUUAGACAAAAGUUACUAUGGUCCUUAUGAUGAAACAACUUGUAUUGACUGGACUGACGACUCAAAGUGUUUUGUGGUGGGCAGCAAAGACAUGUCCACAUGGGUUUUUGGUGCUGAACGUUGGACAAAUCUCAUCUACUACUCACUGGGAGGACACAAGGAUGUUAUCGUUGGAUGUUUCUUUGAGAAAGACAGUCUGGAUCUUUACACAGUGAGCCAGGACGGGACUCUUUGUAUCUGGGAGAGUGACACUGAGCUGGACGCCCUCGUUUUGAAGAGUAAAGCUGGCAAACCCAAGGUUCCGAAACAGGGUGAAGAUGAGGAAGAUGAUGAAGAAGAGGAAGCGGAAGGGACUCAAGAGGGGCAGAUCAUCAGAGGGAAAGCUCAAAUGUCCAAAAAUGAGGAGAAAACUAAGAAUGUUCGAUACAAGCAGAUUAGCAAGCACUUCUUCAACAAGGAGCGUGACUUCAACAACCUGACGGCAGCAGCCUACCACAAAGCCACUCACAUCUUGGUCACAGGUUUCGCGUCUGGAAUCUUCCACCUGCAUGAACUGCCAGAGUUUAACCUCAUCCAUUCACUCAGUAUAUCGGACCAGAAAAUUGCUUCAGUGGCUCUAAACAGCUCCAGUGACUGGAUUGCCUUUGGCUGCUCAGGGAUGGGUCAGCUUCUGGUCUGGGAGUGGCAGAGUGAAUCAUACGUCUUCAAACAGCAGGGACAUUUCAACAACAUGGCGUCUCUGGCUUACUCGCCAGACGGGCAGUACAUCGCCACUGGAGGGGACGAUGGCAAAGUCAAAGUUUGGAACACCAACAGCUGCCUUUGCUUCGUCACCUUCACAGAACACACCAGCAGCAUCUCCAAUGUUGCUUUCACAUCCAGUGGCUUUGUUGUAGUGAGCGCCUCUCUGGACGGGACGGUUAGAGCGUUUGACCUGCACAGGUACCGAAACUUCCGCACGUUCACGUCGCCUCGGCCUGCACAGUUUUCUUCCCUUGCAGUCGAUGUCAGUGGGGAACUGGUGAGCGCAGGGGCUCAGGAUUCGUUUGAGAUCUUCCUGUGGUCAAUGCAGACUGGAAGACUGCUGGAGGUCUUAGGUGGUCACGAGGGACCCGUUAGUUGCUUGUGUUUCAGUCCAGUUCAGUCAAUUCUAGCCAGUUCCUCGUGGGAUCGGACCAUCCGAUUGUGGGACAUGAUGGACAGCUGGCAAGUGAAGGAGACACUUCACCUCACUGCUGAUGCUUUGUCGGUAGCUUACCGACCUGAUGGUCAAGAAUUGGCAGUGGCUACUCUAAAUGGCGAAAUAUCUUUCUGGAACCCCCACACCGCUGCCCAGGUCGGCUCAGUGGCAGGACGUCAUGACCUGGAGACGGGCCGCAAGGAGACUGAUAAAGUCACCGCUAAACAAAUGUCCAAGGCCAAGUGCUUCACAUCACUGUGUUACUCUGCUGACGGGGAGUCCAUUCUGACUGGUGGCCAGUCCAAGUUUGUCUGCAUCUACAACGUCAAGGAACAGAUGCUCCUAAAAAAGUUUGAGAUCUCAUGCAACUUGUCGUUUGACGCCAUGGAGGAGUUUCUGGAUAGGCGUAAGAUGACAGAGUUUGGGAGCCUUGCUCUGGUGGACGAGGGGGCUGGUGACAAAGAUGGAGUUAGCAUUAGUCUCCCAGGGGUGAGGAGGGGUGAUAUGAGUUCCCGACACUUUAAGCCAGAAAUUCGCGUCAGCUCGCUGCGGUUCUCUCCAACGGGGCGCAGCUGGGCAGCCACAACAACCGAGGGCCUGCUUAUCUACUCCCUUGACGGCUCUCUCGUUUUUGACCCCUAUGAUCUUGAUCUAGACGUAACACCAGUGAGCAUACGCACACAGCUGCGGCUUAAGGAGUGGGCAGCUGCCAUCAUUUUGGCAUUCCGUCUCAAUGAAAAAGCCCUCAAACAGGAGGUGCUGGAGGCAGUGCCGCAUGAGCAAAUCCAAGUUGUUUGUGGCACACUCCCUGACAUAUAUGUUGAGAAGUUGCUAGGCUUUAUAGCAGAAUGCUUGGAGAAGUCAGGUCACCUGCAGUUCUACAUGACAUGGGCUCAGAGCUUACUCAUGCUGCAUGGACAAAAACUGAAAAACAGGUCAGGAGCCAUUCUACCCACACUGCAAGCUUUGCAGAAAAGCAUCCAGAGACACUGGGACAACCUGUCUAAACUCUGCGACUUCAAUCUGUACAACAUUCGAUAUGCGGUGGCCUUGUCUAAGCAAAGGGGUAUGAAGAGGGCAGCACAUCAGGAGAACAGUGAGGAAGAGGAGGAUGAACAACUGUCUGAAGAGAUGAGCCAAGCCUCUUUAGAUGAUGAAGAGAUGUCUGUGAUUGUGUAG